AGAUGAACCAUGUGUUCAGUGUUGAUGAUUGACCUAAGAAUAUUAGCUUUGAAGAAUUAUUUUUCUAAACAUUUUGAAAUACAUAUUAUGACCUAUUGGUUUGAUUAAUAUUAGGUCAUAAUGCCACAAACACAUCGUGCAGGGAACUUGAAACAGAGUAACAAGGGACAUAAAACGAGACAUAGAUCGAAACGCGGAGUAGCAGCAGCUGUAAAAGGCAAGGUCAAUGUAAAAGAGUUUGUUCGUCGAAAUCGUCAUAUUUUGAAGAAAGAUGAGCGUCGUCACCAAGCCCAACAAAUUCGCAAAAAUAAACGCGAGGAAACUAUAUCAAAGAAGCGAGCCCUUGGUGGAUCUCGGAAUCCUCCGUUUCUUGUAUGUGUUGUACCUCUCAAUGUGCAGCUUGAUGUGAAGUCAGCUCUAGUAAUUCUAAGGACUUGUUAUGAAGACGCAACAUUUAAUGAAACGGAAAAUGGUAUUUUACACAUUAGCAUGCCAAAUUUCAAACAGCGGUUUUGUUUUAUAAGCCCAGAAGUUGAAAAUGAUUUUAGUCUCCUAGAUGUUUUGAAAAUAGCUGACACUGUUCUCUUUGUGUGUUCUGCUUUGGAGGAGCCUGUUGAUGAAUGGGGUGAGAGGGCCUUGGCAUUAUCAAUGGCUCAGGGAAUGCCAACACCUGUUGUAAUAACUAUGGAUCUAGAAGGAGUUCAUCCUAAAAAGAGGACAACUGAAAAACAAACAAUUCAGAAACUUAUUUCAAAAUGGUUGCCAGAGGAGAAAAUUAUGCAGUUGGACAAGUCAUCAGAUGGUUUAAAUUUACUCAGAAGAAUUGGCAAUCAAAAAAGAAAUAUCAUACAUCAUAGAGAGAAAAGACCUUAUAUGUUAGCAGAAGAGGUAAAUUAUGUGCCAGAUUCUGAAGGUGACAAUGGAACAUUAACACUCAGUGGGUUUCUGAGAGGGAUGCCAUUGAAUGUGAAUAGUUUAAUUCACAUUACUGGUUUAGGAGAUUUUCAAAUGUCAAGGAUUGAUGGUCAUGAAGAUCCAUAUCCAUUGUUGUUAGGUAAAGAAAACCAAAGGCCAGAUGCAAUGGAUGCUGAGGUUAACAAGGUUACUAUUUUACAAACUGCUGAUGUAUCCAAACAACAGAGUCUGGUUGCAGAAAACAUACCUGACCCAAUGGAUGCUGAACAGACUUGGCCAACUGAAGAAGAGAUAGAAGACGCAAAUAAAGAGACAAUAAAGAAAGUAAAAAAAGUACCAAAAGGUUGGUCUGAUUAUCAAGCAGCCUGGAUUGUGGAAUCUGAUGCUGAAGAUAAUGGAGAAGAUGAAUCUAGUGAUGAAAGUGGAGAUGAAGAUGAACAAUUCAUGUCUUGUGAAGAAUCUAAUUCAGAUCAAGAGGCAGCUGAGGAUAAUGAUUUUGAGUCAGUUACUGAGUCUGAAGUAGGAGUUCCUGAUGAUAAAUAUGAUGAAACAAUAGAUGCAGAAGAAGAGCAUGAGAUUUUGAAGAGGCUAUCAGCUGCUAAGGAAGACAAACAGUUUCCUGAUGAAGUGGACACACCACAAGACCUGCCCGCUAGAGAAAGAUUUAGUAGGUACAGAGGCUUAGAGUCAUUUAGAACAUCUGCAUGGGAUCCUAAAGAGAACUUGCCUGAGGAUUAUGCAAGGAUAUUUCAAUUUAAAAAUUAUGAUCACACCCGAAAAACUGUUUUUAAAGAACUUGAAGACAGCAUUGAGAAUACUUAUGGAUUCUAUGUGACCAUUCAUGUGAAGAAUGUCCGUCAAGACCUUUGGAAAGCAUUCCGGACUGGCAACCCAAACUCACCAAUAGUUGCCUUUGGUCUGCUUCCCCAUGAACACAAGAUGUCUCUGAUGAAUGUAGUGCUGAAAAGAACUGGUGUCAGUGAUGAGCCAAUCAAAAGUAAAGAAAGGCUUAUAUUCCAAGUUGGUUAUAGACGGUUUAUUGUUAAUCCAAUCUUUAGUCAACAUACAAAUGGUUCUAAACAUAAGUAUGAAAGGUUCUUCCAGCCAGGCUCAACUUGUGUUGCAUCAUUUUAUGCUCCAAUCCAAUUCAGCCCGUCUUCUGUUCUUUGUUUUAAAGAGAAAAGGAAUACAAACCUUCAAUUAGUCGCAUCUGGAGUGUUACUGUCAUGCAAUCCUGAUAGAUUAGUUAUAAAACGAAUUGUACUCUCGGGUCAUCCAUACAAGGUGAAUAAAAAGUCCGCGGUGAUUCGGUUCAUGUUCUUCAACAGAGAGGACGUGUUGUACUUCAAGCCUUGCAAGUUGCGAACUAAGUACGGUCGGACCGGACAUAUAAAGGAGCCUCUAGGAACCCACGGCCACAUGAAGUGUGUAUUUGAUGGUCAGCUCAAAUCUCAGGACACCGUGCUGCUGCACCUGUACAAACGAAUGUUUCCCAAAUGGAACUACGAGAACUGUAUUGUGACUGACAGAGAUCGUGAUGAUAACGCUAUGAUACAAUAAAACUGUACAUAAUA